ACGAGAGCGGCAGAGGGAGGGGUGAGCGAACAGCGCAGCAGCGGCGGCGGCCAACAAGCCACCAGCUCCAAGAAAAAGAAAUAAACGCCAACUUCGCCUCUGCGUAGGGCAAAACCAUACUUUGUGAAGUCCCUUUAUUACUACCAUGGGAAAUACUACCUUCCUGGGGACCUAAACGACAAGGAGUCGUUUAUGGACUGGAUUUUUAGACGGCUCCGAACUCAGAAGGAAAGAAAACAACACUGGGGAAAACGGGAUAAACCGUGGAUUUUCUCGGUGGCGUUUCUGUGUGAACUUUAAACUUGGGAAACAAUGGAGACAGCGAGCACAAACUCAUGAAGUGUCUUGAGGCUGCCAGCCGUCCCGCUAGCGUUAGCUUUACUGUCUUAUUGGGUAAUGCGUGGUGAGGCUAACGGCCGCUGCAGCUAAGUUAGCUGUCGGCUAACGCUAGCUGGUUAGCCCGGCGCGGUUUUCAGAAACUUUUUGGGUUGUUUCCACGGAGUUCAGACGCUGAAUAAUUCGUCUGAGGACAGAGGGGAAGGGCGGGUUCCCUUUGGUACUUUCCUCCCUCCACUCACUUUCAUACAUGAUGGCUGCGGAGGUCAGCGGGGAAGAAACCGUCACAUCAGGGGUGGCAGGCGGAGGAGGCCCGGAGACGGCCCCUUUCCCCUACUACUCCAAGCCAAGUAGAGUGGGAGUCACCGAUCUGGGACAAGGUCCGACACAAACUCUCCGUCAAUUUUCAAACACCUCUCCGGACUCAGUCCCCGACAUGAGCAUAAUGUAUCCCGCCUCUGCUGGGGACAUGCCAGCUUCAGCAACAGGAGGAGGUGGUGGACAGUCAGGUUUUCCUCGAACAAACUCAGGGACCGUGAGCAGCACGUGCCACUCUCCCAAUUCGGAGGAUUCAACGAGCCAGUUUUCACCCACAUAUAAAGGCCCAGAUAGCCCCACUGCCUUCCCCCCGCUGCCCCCGCCACCCCCAGCCCCAGCAGGCUGCGCUGGGCACGGCGUCACCAUGGAUGAAAGCGAUAUGCAGGAUGGGCCGGAAUGUGAGGACGACGAGGUGCUGCUUGAACUGUCUGCACCACCUACGAACCAGUGGUAUCACGGCAAAUUAGACAGAACAAUUGCUGAGGAACGCCUGCGCCAGGCCCGAAACCCUGGCAGCUACCUCAUCAGGGAGAGUGACCGCCGGCCCGGUUCCUUUGUCCUGUCUUUCCUCAGUGUAACCAACGUGGUUAACCACUUCAGGAUAAUUGCCAUGUGUGGGGACUAUUACAUUGGUGGGCGGCGGUUCUCUUCAUUAUCGGACCUGAUUGGUUACUACAGCUAUGCGUCCUGCCUACUAAAAGGAGAGAAACUGUUACUGCCAGUGGCACCUCCAGAGCCUGUAGAAGACCGGAGGAGAGUCAGAGCGAUACUCCCAUACACCAAAGUGCCAGAUACCGAUGAGAUCAGCUUUCUGAAAGGGGACAUGUUUAUCGUUCACAAUGAACUAGAAGAUGGUUGGAUGUGGGUAACUAAUGUUCGCACAGAGGAGCAAGGGCUCAUCGUGGAAGAUCUGGUAGAGGAGGUGGGCCGGGAGGAGGAUCCACAUGAGGGAAAACUCUGGUAUCAUGGAAAGAUCACAAAACAAGAGGCUUACAACCUUCUGAUGACAGUUGGUCAGGUGUCCAGUUUUCUCGUCCGGCCAUCUGACAACACUCCCGGAGACUACUCCCUCUUUUUUCGCACCAAUGAAAACAUCCAAAGGUUUAAAAUCUCCCCCACACCCACCAAUCAGUACAUGAUGGGUGGGAGAUACUACAACAGUGUUGAUGACAUCAUCGACCAUUACAAAAAAGAACAAAUUGUUGAGGGCUACAACCUGAAAGAGCCCGUUUCAGUGCAGCACCAGGAACAAGUGCUUACUGACACAGUGGAUGGCAGAGAAAUUUAUAACACUAUAAGACGGAAAACAAAAGACGCUUUUUACAAAAACAUUGUCAAGAAAGGCUACCUCCUGUUCAACAAAGGCAAAGGCAAAAGGUGGAAGAACCUUUACUUCAUCCUGGAAGGUAACGAUGCACAGCUCAUCUAUUUCGAAAGUGAGAAGAGAGCCACCAAACCCAAAGGGCUGAUUGACCUAAGUGUGUGCUCCGUGUAUUGUGUGCAUGACAGUCUGUUUGGCAGGCCAAACUGUUUCCAGAUUGUUGUCCAGCAUUUUAGUGAGGAGCAGUACAUAUUUUACUUUGCAGGAGAAACUCCAGAACAGGCACAGGAUUGGAUGAAGUGCCUUCAGACUUUCUGUACCAACUUAAGAAAAACCACUGUAAACACCUCCAAUAAAAGGCUCAGACAGGUGAGCAGCCUGGUGUUGUAUGUGGAGGAGGCCCACAAGCUACCAGUGAAGCAUUUCACCAACCCCUACUGUAACAUCUACUUGAACAACGUCCAGGUUGCUAAGACGCACCCGAGGGAGGGCCAGAAUCCCGUCUUCACUGAGGAAUUCAUUUUUGAUGAUUUGUCUGGUGAAAUCAAUAGAUUUGAAAUUAGCCUGAGCAACAAAACAAAGAAGAGCAAAGAAAUAGACAUCUUAUUUAUGCGCUGCCAGCUAAACCGUCUGCAGAAGGGCCAGAUGAUUGACGAAUGGUUCCCCCUCAGCUCCCACAUUCCCCUAAAAGGCAUCGAGCCGGGCUCCCUGCGUGUACGCGCCCGCUACUCUGUGGAGAAAAUCAUGCCGGAAGAGGAGUACAGCGACCUCAAGGAGAUGAUCUUACAGAAAGACUUCCACGUCAUCUAUGCUUUGGCACACGUGUGUGGUCAGGACCGCAGCUUACUGGCAAGCCUCCUCCUGCGGAUCUUCAGACAUGAGAAAGCUGAGGCCCCUUUACUCAGGACGCUGAAUGACAGAGAGAUUAACAUGGAAGAUGAGGCCACCACAUUGUUCAGAGCAACAACACUGGCCAGCACGCUGAUGGAGCAAUACAUGAAGGCUACGGCCACGCCCUUUGUCCUCCACGCUCUCAAAGAUACCAUCCUCAAGAUCAUGGAGAGUAAACAGUCCUGUGAGUUGAAUCCCUCAAAACUGGAAAAGAAUGAUGAUGUGAACCUGAACCUUGCUCAUCUCCUCAACAUCCUGUCAGAACUGGUAGAAAAGAUCUUCCUGGCUGCUGAGAUCCUGCCACCUACUUUGCGUUUCAUCUACGGCUGCCUGCAGAAAUCUGUGCAACGAAAGUGGCCGAACACCACCAUGAGGACGAGGGUUGUGAGUGGUUUUGUCUUUCUAAGACUGAUCUGCCCUGCCAUCCUCAACCCCCGGAUGUUCAACAUCAUUGACGACCCUCCAUCAUCAACAGCAGCCCGGACACUCACACUGGUGGCCAAGUCUGUCCAGAAUCUGGCAAACCUUGUUGAGUUUGGUGCUAAGGAACCCUACAUGGAGGGUGUGAACCCUUUCAUCAAAUGCAAUAAGCAACGGAUGAUCAUGUUUCUGGAUGAGUUGGGGAACGUUCCUGAACUCCCAGAGACAACAGAGCACUUUAGGACAGACCUGCCCCGAGACCUGGCUGCGCUGCACGAGGUCUGUGUCGCACACUCGGACGAGCUCCGCACCCUAAGUAAUGAGAGGGGAGCCCAGCAGCAUGUGUUGAAAAAGCUGCUGGCCAUCACAGAGCUCCUCCAGCAGAAGCAAGCUCAGUAUGCCAUGUCCAACAGUAACAGGACAGAGUGCACCAUCAUGUCUCUGGCUGCUGCCAUUCAGGUAAUGUGAGUUUUGCAGACUUCCUACUGAGAAUGGGGUAGUCAGAGCGAAAACCAGCCAAAGUGAGGCCUCUUUCUGAGAGCUACACAACCGAAGACGAAUUAGAGUUUGUACUGUGAGCAAGUGGCGGUUAAAAAAAAAAAAAAAAAAAAAAAGAAUUCAAUAGGACUUGAUGGAAAACCACUUGCUGCAUAUCUUAAUGCCGUCUUUCCAAAGUUCUUCCCCCUUCCCCCUCGAGUGUGCUGAGCUUUGAACUGAAGACCUCAAACGGGAGGAUGUGAGACACGGACUUCUGCUUUCGGUCGGAGGCCGACAUAAAGCGUUGGACAGCUCUAACCAGUGGACACUAUGCUGUGACUUUGGGUUACAUGACCAGAGACUGGAGAUGUUCUGAGCACUGACGUAGCAUUUUUCUGCUGUCAUCAGGGAUUUGAAACAUAGCACCUCUUACCAAGAAAAGAAACGAAUCAACACAAGCCUUAACUCCAUUUCUGCUCACCGACAUCCCCCGAUUCGACAAAGUUCUCUUCUUCCAAACUAUUUAUAUCCGUUACUGUCUUCAUGUAUGAACCUGCUUACAGCACCCAAACCACUUCCUGCUUUUUUUCUACGCUGCUUUUGUCUGUUAUUACCUACUUAGGCUUGUAAAGAAGUGUUUGUGUAGGAUAUAGCGGAGCAGAGAUUAGUCUAAAGGUUUGUAGUAUACACCUGUAGCCUGCCUUGUGCAUGCAUUAACCCUGAAUGGAUACAGCGACAAUGUUUGGGCCUACGUAUCUGCUGCUCCAACAACCAUCACCUAAACCCCUUUUAUGCCUUUGAUGUCAUUGAAAGCCUGGAUUUCUUGUAGCUCCUCGUUUCUCCGCCAUUACAACAAGAUGGCGUUUUUGCUUUGUCCUCCGAGUACACCUCUGCUCUGACUGUUUUUCCCACCGAUUCACCCUGAAAAGUCCCGCCAUGCAGCGAUUUCUAAACUUCAAAGUCAUAAAGGGUCGGCUUUGUUUGCCUCCCUUCAUGUUCUAAGCAGCUGCAACGUCUGGAUCUGUGCCUGUCAUAGUUUACCAAACUGUUUACUGUAGUUGCACUUGAAGAUACCACGGACCUCACCGAGUGUUGGCAGAUGAGCCCAGGCGACUCAUCGGCUGUACCACUGAUGUAGGGGUUUCAUACAACAGACGAGGAUGUGUUCAUUUUUAUUUUUCUACCCAAUACUGAACCUUUUGCAUCUUAGAUACAACAACCUGGCUGAAAUAAACGGUUACUACAUA